AUGGUAUCCCCAAAUUCGCUGCAUGACGAUGUGCACAAGCAAGUGACGGCCGUGUGUCAUUUCCUCUUCACUCACAAUGCCACUCGUGAGAACUAUAUUUUGUAUUCUGUUCAGGAAUCACUUCUGGAGGUCCAGCUGAAGAGUAGAGGUACUCAGUGGUCGACUGCAGUCCAGCUGGCAGGCUGCUCUCGAGGUGAUCGAGUCGUCAAAUUGGCUGCCCAGCAAUUGUCGCUAGCGAAAAACCAGCAAUUUUCGGCCUCUACCGCAGGUUUGUCCGCCCUAAAUGAUUCGGAUUUCUCUUUGCACUACAACGCAAGGUUUCGAAGAGCACUCUGGACGCAAAUUGGCAAAAUGACAGCUGAGGAAAGAAGUUUGCUGUUUUCUGCCGACGAAGUCGAUCCGCGUCCCGCCUCCAAAAUACUGGUGCACUCCAUCAGGACCCUUGACGAACUGAGUCAGGUGCGAUCAUUGGUGGAGAGCUGGGACAGAAGAUGUCCAAGCAUUUGGAAUACAUUGAACGUCAUUUGCAAUGGAAACUUCGUGUAUCACGUACAUCCUUGCGAGAGUUCUUCUCUAACCAUGCCACAAUUUAGUCUGCCACAAUGUUCGUGCCAACCAAGAAGUACGAAUAGGCGGUUUUCCACAAAACCGUCUCCUCAAAUACCGCUGCUUCAUUUAAAAACUCCGAAUGUUUUAUUUUUUUACCAAGUCCAGGGAGGGACUGCCGAAAUAGAUCCCACUUCU